AACGCCAGAUACAUCACUUCAGCUUAGGGUUGUGUGGAAUUGCCCGCAUGCAUGUAGAUGCAUUGUAUUGUUUAUAUAUUUACUUGUUAGUUCGAAGAAAAUGUGUGAGCUAUGUGGUUCAGACAGAAAGCUUUGACGGAAGUGAAAUAUUGAAGCUGGAAUUCUCAGCAAGAGCCUUUAAUGUAUAGAAUAUUCUACUUCGGUACCGUACAACGAUUCUUAGUACGUACUGCACCAACAUAGAUGACCAUGUUGAGAUUCGUGCCACUUUUCAUCUUCCUGGUACUUCAGGUCUCAUACGAGGUGAGAGGUGUGGUGAAGGUAUCAUUUAAACUCCAGCAAUACUCAAACCCGAGUCAUGAAGAGUUAGACGGAGGAUGCUGUGAUCAGUUCCUAUUCAUCUGUAAUACAUGUGACAAUCGUUUUAACCUCUGUUUCGGCAAUGUGCAAAGUUCAUUCAGCCUGACUCCUUGCCCCUAUGGUAGCUAUUCAACAAAUAGAAUAUACUCGGAUGAUGACAGCUUUUACUUCCCAGCUCAUCUGCCUGGUGGCGGACCUAAUCCAACCAUUUUCGCCAUCAACUCAUGGACGGGUGGAUUCCGAGCCAAUAUCCAAGUUUGGGACUACGACCCACACAAUUCAGACGAUAAGAUAGAUGAAAUGGGAUACAAUUUCGAAGGUUCUAAAUACCAACCAUACAGGACAUCUAGCCUCGCUCAGACCAAGAGAGAAACUCUCAAUCACGGAAGAGGGACGGCAACAAUCACUGUAGAAGUAAAGGUGUAUUGCCAGGAGCAUUACUACGGUACAUCGUCUGGUUGUUCUACUUACUGUCUGGCUCGAGAUGAUAAUCUAGGUCAUUUUGAUUGUGAUGAUAUUACUGGAGCAAAGAACUGCCAUGUUGGCUAUGAAGGUGAUGAAUGUAAUCAGGCUACAAAUGAAUGCAGCCCACAUCCAUGUUAUAAUGGAGGAAGCUGCACUGAUCUUCACAAUAGUUACGUUUGCACUUGUCAACCCGGAACCACAGGUUUGCAAUGUCAGACAGACAUCGACGAAUGCUCCAGCAACCCAUGUGUGAAUGGAGUCUGUUAUACCUCUCCCACAACUCUCAAUAUCUACACCUGUUCCUGUCAUCCGGGUUAUGUAGGAAUGAAUUGUGAGAAUGAUGUUGAUGAAUGCGCGUCUAACCCCUGUCAGCGUGGCGGAACGUGCUCGGAUUUGGUUAAUGCAUUCCUCUGCUACUGUCCGGUUGGAUCGCAAGGUACUCGAUGUGAGAUCGAUGUUGAUGAGUGUUCAAGUCAGCCGUGCCAACAUGGCGGGUCAUGUGUGACCUCACCGGAAGUACUGAACUACUAUCAAUGUAACUGCGCCGAUGGUUAUGUAGGCGUGAACUGUGAGGAGGAUGCAGAUGAAUGUUUGUCAUCACCAUGCCAACAAGGAGGACAGUGUCAUAAUAUGGUCAAUGGAUUUGAAUGCUCAUGUCCUGCAGGCAUUGCAGGUCUGCAUUGCGAAACGGACAUUGACGAAUGCCUCAGUUUUCCAUGUGCAUAUGAUAGCAAUUGUAGCACACCACAGCUGGACUUGUACACCUGUGACUGCCAACCAGGAUUCGAAGGCACCAACUGCGAUGGUAUCGUCGAUGAAUGUCUCUCACAACCUUGCUCGAACGGAGGAGUAUGCACAGAUCUUAUCAACGCAUUCCAAUGUACUUGUCCACAGGGUACCGAGGGGGAUUUAUGCGAAAUGGACGUCGAUGAAUGCCAGAGCGCUCCAUGCCAGAAUGGAGCUACAUGCAUCACUCUACCCGGUCAGCUCGACUACUUCUUUUGUUCCUGUUCAACUGGUUUCGAAGGUCUGUACUGCGGGAAUAACUUUGACGAAUGCCUGUCCAGUCCAUGUCUUCAAGGUGGAGUUUGCAUUGACCUGAUUGCUGACUAUCACUGCAAUUGUAUUCCCGGUACUCUAGGUGAAAAUUGCGAAGUCGACAUAGACGAAUGUGCCUCUGAUCCUUGUUUGAAUGGAGGACAGUGUCUCACAUCUCCAGACCAACUGGACCAUUACCAGUGUGACUGUCUCGAUGGUUUCGUAGGAGUAACGUGUGAUGGACACGUUUGCGAUGAUGAUCCUUGCUCCAAUGGGGCUUCGUGUGAAGCAGUAGGUAACGAGAAUAGGUGCCGAUGUCAGCCUGGCUAUGAAGGUGUUUUUUGUGAAAAUGAAGUUAAUGAGUGUUCGAGUAAUCCAUGUCAGAACGAUGCGACCUGCCAUGAUAAUGUUAAUGGUUACGUUUGCGUCUGUCCAGAACAUUACGGGAGCAAUAACUGUGAGAUUGACUUUAACAUGUGCAGGCUUUCCUUAUGUAUAAAUGGAGCGAUGUGCGUAAACUUACCUAAUGAUUUUCUUUGUCAGUGUGGAGAUGAUUUCACAGGAGAUCUUUGCGAUACCCGAAUAGACGACUGUUUGGAACAUUCUUGUGCAAACGAGGCAACAUGCAUAGAUAGCAUUCUGAGCUAUUACUGUAUAUGUACACCUGGAUUCUUUGGACAAUUAUGUGAGUUUGACAUCAAUGAGUGUUCAUCAAAUCCCUGCAAGAACAGAGCUGUGUGCAUAAACGGUGUAAACACGUUUACAUGUCAAUGUCCAUCUGGAUUCGAGGGAACAGUUUGUCAGGACAUUGUCAACAAUUGCGAGAGUUCACCGUGCUAUAAUAACGCUACUUGUAUCAACGGUCUUGCAGCCUUUGAAUGUAGAUGUACCCAUGGCUUCAUGGGAUUAACGUGUCAAACUGACAUUAAUGAAUGCGCCAGUACACCGUGUGUAAACGAUGGCACAUGCUCAGAUAGGAUAGGUGGGUACAAUUGCCAGUGUGGAAGUGGUUUUGAAGGUGUCAACUGCGACGUCAAUACCGACGAUUGUUUGGCCAACGCGUGUCAGAAUGAUGCUACGUGUGUAGACGGAAUCAACACCUAUACAUGCAUUUGUCAACCGGGAUACAUUGGACAAUACUGCCACCAGAAUGUUAACGAGUGCAGCAGCAACCCAUGCCACAAUCCUGGCAUUUGUACGGAUCACAUCAAUGGCUAUGUUUGUACAUGUCAGAACGGCUAUCAUGGAGUACACUGCGACUGUCCACCAGGAACAGCAGGUCAACAAUGUGAGGUUGACGUGAACGAAUGUGCCAGUCUCCCAUGUCAAAACGGUGGUACAUGCUCGACCUCUGCUGAUAUCCUGAAUACAUACAUUUGCACCUGCCGCGCUGGGUAUACUGGUGUUAACUGCGGAACGGAGGUUGAUGAGUGCCUUUCAGAUCCUUGCCAACAUGGCGGUACUUGUGCUGAGCAGUUUAAUGGUUAUUUAUGUUGGUGUCCAAGUGGAACUGCGGGUAAUCACUGUGAGGUUGAUAUUGACGAGUGCCUGAGCUUCCCUUGUUUGAAUGGCGCGAUAUGUCUAACCUAUACAGACGAUCUUGAUGAUUACGAGUGUCAAUGUACACCGGGAUUCCAGGGUGUCCAUUGCAGCAGUAAUAUCAACGAAUGCAGCUCCGAUCCGUGUAAUAAUGGAGCAACCUGCAUUGACCUUAUCAGUGGAUUCCUGUGCCAUUGUCCAACUGGCAGUGCAGGUCCAAGAUGCGAGGUGGACACAAACGAAUGUUUGAGUAGGCCGUGCCAGAAUGAAGGAAUUUGCUACCAGUCUCAACAAUUGGACAGCUACAUUUGCGUCUGUCCAGUUGGAUAUACGGGUUCCCAUUGUCAAAGUGACAUUGAUGACUGCUUACCAAAUCCUUGUUCACGGAAUGGCACAUGUACUGACAGAGUAAAUGGCUAUCACUGUUCUUGUCCACAAGGGAGUUCAGGUUCGCGAUGUGAAGAGGACAUCGACGAAUGUAAAUCGUCCCCGUGCCUCAAUGGUGGAGCCUGUUCGGAGGGGGUGGAUACACUGAACGAAUACCAAUGCACCUGUCUGGCUGGAUACCUAGGAAUGAACUGUGAAGGACAUGUCUGUGACACGAAUCCCUGUGUCAAUGGAGCCUCUUGCAAGUCUGUGGGAGAGGAAAUCAUCUGUCUCUGUUUGUUAGGGUAUCAGGGUACACAUUGCGAGCAAGAGAUCAACGAAUGUGGCAGUAGUCCUUGUGCAAACAAUGCUACAUGCCAUAAUGAAGUUAAUGGGUAUACUUGCCAAUGCCCAGAUGGGUUUGGGAGUAGUCACUGCGAGGUUGACACACAUACCUGCCGAUCAGAUCCCUGUCAAAAUGGUGCCCUUUGUACAAAUAUGGUGGACGAUUUUAAAUGCCAUUGUACAGCCGCUUUUACUGGAGAUCUCUGUGAAGUAAAUAUUGAUGACUGCGGUAAUCAUAUUUGUUUAAAUGAUGGUCUCUGUGUUGACGGGAUAGCUUCCUAUUCGUGUGAUUGUAAGACAGGAUUUGCGGGGGAUCUGUGUGGUAUUAAUAUAAAUGAAUGUUCUAGUAAUCCCUGUAGGAAUGGUGGACUUUGUGUUGAUGCAGUUGGUGGUUACACAUGUUAUUGUACACUCGGCUUUGAAGGGGAGCACUGUAGUAAUGUGGCAGACAACUGUCUGAGUCAACCGUGUCAGAAUAGUGCAACAUGCAUCAAUGGGUUUGCCUCGUAUUCAUGCAGCUGCCCCGAAGGUUUCAUGGGUUUCAACUGCGAAAUGGAUAUCAAUGAAUGCCUUAGUUUUCCCUGUGCCAACACUGGUAACUGCAUUGAUAAGGCGAAUGGCUACGAGUGUAAUUGUAGAGCUGGAUUUCAGGGGAUUCACUGUGAAAUCAACGUAGAUAAUUGCGAAAGUGUCCUCUGUCUGAACGGUGGAAGCUGUGUUGAUGGGGUGGAUACGUAUGUCUGUCUCUGCGAUGCAGGCUAUGAAGGAAGUUCCUGCGAGACCAACAUUAAUGAAUGUGCCAGCAACCCUUGCCGAAAUGCUGCAACUUGUAUGGAUUUGGUCAAUGCCUAUUCCUGUCUCUGUGUCGAGGGCUAUGAAGGCUUUAACUGUGAGGUGGAUACCCUAAAAUGCUGGAGUAACCCUUGUCAGAAUGGUGCUCAAUGUGACGAUAUUCCAGAAGGUUACACAUGUCGCUGUCCUGACGGGUACACAGGUACUCAUUGCGAACAGCAGAUCAACCUAUGUGAAAGCGUUCCGUGCAAGAAUGGUGGUUCCUGUUUCCAAUUCCAGUUCUCCAAUUUUUACAUUUGUUCUUGCGCCGGUGGUUACCAAGGGUUAGACUGUGGAGAGGACACCGAUGAAUGCCGUUACAAUGGUUGCGCAAACAACGCCACGUGCAUUGAUGGUUUUAAACAAUAUACCUGCUACUGUAACAAUGGAUUCACCGGUCGUUUCUGCGAUGAGGAUGUAGACGAGUGCGCUGUUUAUGCUGAUGUUUGCCCACCAGACAUGUUAUGUGAGAAUUCUUACGGGGGGCAUGACUGUGUGGCACCUCCUACAACACAACCUACGUUCGCCGGUAUGUGCUUCCAGGAGGCUUGCUACAAUGAAGGUACCUGCGUGUUUCUCAACUCAGAAUACAGAUGCUCCUGCCAAGCAGGAUUUACCGGAGACUUAUGUGAAACCCAACUGGAUGUAUGCCUAUCCUCUCCAUGUUUAAACAAUGGAACUUGCACUCCUACUGAAUCUUCCUCCUCAGGAGCUGUUCAUCAGUGCGAAUGCCUUGGUGGAUUUAUUGGCCUAAAUUGUGAAACAAACCUAGCAGGAAUAUUUUAUUCCGUUCCAUUGGAGAGUCACAUAAAUAAUGUAGACGGACUGAGCAGUCGUUUAGAAGACCUGAUAUCCUUGGCCCUAGGUCUAGAUGAUAACACAGCAGAAGUUAACCUCUACAACAUAUCACAUAAUGUUGCUGUUACUGGGCAAAAGUAUACUGAUGUAGGUUUUUAUUCCUACCUUGAUGGAAACUUCGCGCAAAGCUCAGACAUCGAAGCUGGCCUAUACACUCUUGAUAUUUCAACUCAGAACGCAAUAAUUUCUCCUUUCAAAAUAUUUGUUCUUCGUUAUCCAACGACAUCCUCUCCGACAGUGACUCCGACAACCAAAUCUGACGGAUCCUCUCCCAACAAUAGCCUUCUGAUUGGAGGUGUCAGGAUACCAACAUGGAUACUCUUCUUAGUUAUCGCUCUUGUAAUCUUGGUCAUAAUCAUGGCAUUAACCGGAGUCAUGUACAUCAGAAGGACAAAAAGGAAGCGAGAUAUGGACGUACCAGACGCAUUAGCGGGUGCUACGAGUCAAGACUAUCUUGCAGGUGGUGUCCAAAACUCGAUGAUGGGAAGAAAAGCUAGUGGUUAUGAAUCCAGAAUCAUCCCCAUCGUUGAUCCUAAUGGCAUAUCGAUAGCGUAUGAUAAUCCCAUUUAUAGCGAGAUGGACACUCCGGAGCUAGCCCAUCCCUAUACCUCUGGAGGCUCUACCUGCGACGGAGAAAGUAAUCGAAACCAUGCAACAGAAAACAUUUACGCCUAAUGCCUCAUAAAAUCGACAUGAGAACGUACUGCCGAGUAGAGAUAAACGUUUUUGUUGUUUUAUUUCAGCAGGAUAAAACAGGCCUUACAGCAUGUAUUAAUUCAGCAAUCAUAUAGUUUAUCUGUACACUCGUAUGCUCCUAUGAUAUCGAUGAAUGUCUUUUUUUUUUACAACUCUUUAAACAUUUGUCUUCAUGAGCUCGGAAAUUAUUUUCUUCCAGUAUAUGUGUUGAUUAAUGAUGUAAAUUUUCAGUACAUAUUUUAGAUGUGAGAUAAAAUAUAUAGAUAAUUAAUAUGUACAAAUUUUGUAUUGCCAUUGCCAACUUUUUUUUCUAUCAAGAAAGUUUUUACUAAGUUUUAUGACUAUGCUAUUUCACGUAUAUCUCAGGUUUUCCUCACAUAUUUUCCCUCCUUGUAUUCAAUGCAACUAGUUUUAGAGCCGGGUUCCUGCAUAAACAGUUCUGUGGUUUGUUGAUUAAGGAGGCGCGAUGGUUCAGUGGUAGAGCGGUGAUCUCGUAACCAGGAGGCACUGGGUUCCAAUUCAGGCGCUCGUGCCCUUUGGUAAGGUAUUACUCCUCAUUAGAGGACUUGAAGCCGUCCGUCUCCUGGCUGCUUACAAUAAUAUAGUGCUUUCUUAGCAGUCAGGUAAAACAAUCAUUAAACAUCAACAUUUUACUAGGAACUUGAAAGCCUUCGUCAUUUGAAUGACAGCGAACUUUUCACCAACUUUAAAUCUUAACAGGACUAUUAUAGGUAAUAAUUACAAGUAAAUUCAAAGUCACCAGUGCAGUGCUGUUUAUCUGGAAAUAACAAGCAAUUUUCAUCAGACAUAAUUUGUAUAUCUGAAUAUUUGUAAGUAACUUUAUGCAGCAUUAUUCCUUCUUGUUAUUAAACAUACCGCCUACAUUUAUUGAGUUUUAUGUCGAUUAAACAUAGGGUGAUAAUUGUAUCGAUUUUGUAUCAUGUGUCUAUGCAGAUCGCAUUGAAAACGUUUGGUAUGCAGGUGUACAGUUUAAAGAUUUCUUUCAUAACUGGCUUGACAGAUAUUAAUUAUCAUUUCAUGAAUUUAAAAUUUCUAAUUGAGCAGAACAUUGCCAUUAUAAAUUAUGCACAUGAUAUACUUUUUAUGUUAAUCUAAGAACUUUGCCAUUUUUUCUUCUUCAAAUAUAAGAUGUUCUUUAAAAAUGUAUAUCUAUACACGUUGGCAUCUUUGUAGCGUGAUCGUGGUUUGCUUUUAGUACGACUACCUUCUUGAACGAUAAUGCUGUCAAAGAUCUAUAUCGAUGUUCCAUUUAUUAUUACCUUUAUAUGCUUUUGUUAUUACUCUUUAAGAAGAAAAAAGGGGGUUUUCAUGGAGCAGUCAAUAGGAAUUCAUAAAAAAAAAAAAAUUGAUGUUUUGCCACUGUAUAUAAUCAUAUUCUGAAAUAUUUCAAUGUAUAACCAUGCACUUAUCAUAUUGAUGUAUAUUUUCUAUCAGAGAUGCUUAUGCUACUUUAUUUUUCUUUUCUACAUGACAAAUUGAUAAUGAAUGAAAUGCCAUUGUGUUAGAUAACCAGUGGCUUAUAACGGGAUCCGCAUUAACAUUGUUUUGCCUUGGAUGCAGGAUUUGCAUUCCUUUUCUUUUAGGUUAAUUCAAACUAUCCAUACAUAAUUUUGUUAUGUUGCGGAAGAAGUUGCCUUUUUCGUAAUAACCUUUUUAGUCCUCACGAUAAAUGAAAUGAAAAAACUUGUAUCUUC